UAUUAUACUGUAGAGCGUUUUUCAACACCUAGGUAUUCUCAGUUUUCUCCCCGUAGUCCUGAUUCCCCGUUUCUCGACUGUGCUGUGCUGAGCUCUGCUGCUCUUUCCUUCUCUCUCUAGACUUGCCACAGUCGUCACCCCGCUGAAAUGAGUCGUUUCAAAGAGGAAGAGAUUGGAACUCGUCUUCGAAAUGGAGACUCAGCGCCGCUCGCAGAAGCUGCCUCAAGCAACUCCUUCAAACCACAUUUAGCUGAACAAAAAAACGGCAAGAGGAAGAGUGAUAUGUCUCUAGAAGAAAUGUACAACAGCCAAUACGAUUUUGGAGAUGAUGAGGACGACGACAGUGAUUGGGAGCCUUCGGCCUUACCAGCUCACAGUGUUGUCGAAAUUCCUAAGUGGUUUUGCCUUAAUUGCACUAUGCUUAAUAUCGGAGACGAUUCUCAUUGCGACGUUUGUGGGGAACAUAGAGAAUCUGGAAUCCUAAAGCGCGGCUUUGUGUCUUCCGCCUCAAGUCGAGAAGUUGUUACUCAAAACGGUGCGCACGCAGCUGAUGGACUACAAGAUCCUCAUCCUCUAAUGCAAAGUAUUGCAUCAGAUAACCCUACUGCCAUAGGCUUUGACGAGAGAAUGCUCCUUCACGAAGAAGUUGUAAUGAAGUCCCAUCCCCAUCCUGAGAGACCUGAUCGACUUCGAGCUAUUGCUGCCAGUCUCGCAACUACAGGUAUAUUUCCAGGAAGGUGCCACCCAAUCUCAGCAAGGGAAAUCACUCAAGAAGAGCUCCUUAAGGUCCACUCCCUCGAGAAUAUUGAAGCUGUUGAAAUUACAAGCCGUGUUUUUUCUAGCUACUUCACACCUGAUACAUAUGCAAAUCAGUAUUCAGCAACUGCCGCGAGACUUGCUGCAGGCUUAUGUUUUGAUCUUGCUGCAGCUAUAUGGUCUGGACGUGCCAAAAAUGGAUUUGCUUUGGUUCGUCCUCCUGGUCAUCAUGCUGGAGUUAAACACGCUAUGGGUUUUUGCCUUCACAAUAAUGCAGCACUUGCUGCAUCGGCAGCUCAGAUUGCAGGAGCUAAGAAGGUUUUAAUCAUUGACUGGGAUGUACAUCACGGCAACGGCACACAAGAAAUAUUUGAGAAAAAUAAAUCGGUUUUGUAUAUAUCUUUGCAUAGGCAUGAAGGUGGAAAGUUUUAUCCUGGUACUGGAUCUGCUUAUGAGACUGGAUCAAUGGGUGCAGAAGGACAUUGCGUAAAUAUCCCAUGGAGUCGUGGAGGAGUUGGUGACAAUGACUAUAUUUUUGCAUUUCAGCAUGUUGUGCUUCCUAUAGCUACUGAGUUUGACCCGGAUUUCACGAUCAUCUCUGCUGGAUUUGAUGCUGCACGGGGUGACCCUCUUGGUGGAUGCGAUGUCACUCCUGCUGGCUAUGCACAGAUGACACAGAUGUGCCGUGCGCUAUCUGGUGGAAAAGUACUGGUCAUCCUUGAGGGAGGAUAUAAUCUGCGGUCAAUUUCAUCAUCAGCGACUGCAGUUAUUGAGGUGUUACUUGGAGAAAGUCCAAAGCAGAAUGUCGGGCAAGUUAUGCCUAGUAAGGCUGGAGUUCGAGCUGUUCUUGAAGUUCUGAAGAUUCACUUGAAUUAUUGGUCUUCGCUAGAAUCCAAAUUUACCAAGUUGCAAUCAGAAUGGGGAUGGUAUACCCUGGAGGACAAAAGUGCAGGCAAACUGAAGAAAAAGAAGAGACGGGGAAACCAAGUACCAGUCUGGUGGAAGUGGGGGCGAAGAAGGUGGAUGUACAUGCUCUGGUGCAAGAAGAAGAUUUUGUAACAAUCCUGCUCUAUUUCCCAUAAUUUUUUGUACCAUUUUAAUCUCUAUGCAGCUGAGUUAUUGGAAAAAUUAGGUUUUGUUUCUGUAUCAAGAGACUCAAAAUCAGUGGCGAUGUUUCUAAUUUAUGAGUAAUGGUAGUUUCUGUAAUUGACUUAGUGUUAGUAAACGAGUAAGAAUGUGGAUGCUGUAUUUCUUUGAGCCCUUACCUUGAAAAAGCAGGGGCACCUUAUGUAGUUAUGUUCGUAUACAGAACAGUAGAGGAACAUAAAAUUUACCCA